GUGUGUGGGGAGGGGGAGAUUCCCACCGAGUUCACCCUUGAGUGUUUACCAGGGCCUCCCUCCCUCCCACACUCCCUCCGACAUCAGUCCUUCCUGUCAACUCCACCUCCCUCCAUGACCCAGCUCUGUUUACGCAGGCCCAAAGCCCUGGCUCACCCUACCCCGGUCCCUCCCAGGGGCCUGGGUGCUAGGGAGGGGUCGUGGAGUCCAGCGGGUCCAUGUAUGUCCCGGGGGCCUAACCUGGCCCAGCUCCUCGACAGUGUCCUGGGGCUAGGGGCACUGGGGCUGACAAUUCGGGCAGUCUUUUCCACGCCUGGCCCAGCCUUGCUGCUGCUGCUGCUCCUGGUCAGCUUCCUGGCCUUCGACCUGCUCCACUGGCCCGCAGAUGCCCCGGAGCCACAGCACACACUUCUCACGGGAAGCCAGAGUCAGGGGGCCGGUGAGGGUCCAGGACGGCAGGAGGCUGUAUUCCUAUCUAGGGCAGUGGUCCCAGGAAGACUCAGCCCCCAGGAGGCUCUGCUACUGCUGCUCCUGGGCCUGGGGCUGCUCCUGGGAGCCCGUGGUGUGCCCUUGGCCCUGCUUGGCCUGGCUUUCUGCCUCCUUCCUUGGGUCUGAGUGCCCUCCAGAAAUACA